UGUGCUGACAUUCAUUAGGUUUUAUAAUUCGUAAAAUUAGGUAUGAUAUUUUGUCGGGCUUGUUGCGGAAGACAACGUGGCUUGCAGGGGAAGGUUUUGGAGUAGUGGUUUCUCGUGGAAGGAAGGGUGCUUGCUUCCCCCAGAAGAUUGUUCGAGGCACUAUAAGAAGGAGGCAGGAGGAUGAUUGCAAAUGCAAGGUAGCUAAAUGGAUCCUCGGCAAGCUUGGAAGGAAUACUUGAGAGAGUUGUGUUUCCCGUCCAAUGACUCGUCCGAUGAAGAAGAUGAUUUGUUCAUGGAGGGUAUGAGAGCUUGGCAAGCCGACCUGGAGGAAUCAGAGAGGCGACCAUGGGGGGGCUCAGUCCCAGGUCGAAAGCGUAUCAACCGUUAUCGGCACGAGGGCCAUAUGAGGUUGUUCAACGACUACUUUGCCGAUCCUCCCGUAUACCCCGACUACAUAUUCCGACGCAGGUUCCGGAUGAAACGCAACCUGUUUAUGAAGAUAGUUGCAGCUGUUGAAGAGAAGGACCCCUGGUUCGUGCAGCGGAGAAACGCAGCUGGAGAGCUCGGGCUGUCGGCAUUGCAAAAAGUGACUGCGGCAUUUCGUAUGCUAGCAUACGAUGCGCCGGCUGAUUCUCUCGAUGAGUGCCUUCGUCUUGGUGAGAGCACUAUCAUUGAGAGUAUGCGACGUUUCGUCAAUGCUGUUGUGCAGGCAUUCGGCGAUGAGUACCUUCAUUCUCCUAAUGAGGAGGACACUGCGAGGUUGCUCGCCAUCAACUCGCGCAUAGGCUUCCCCGGGAUGUUAGGAAGCGUUGAUUGUAUGCAUUGGAGGUGGAAGAACUGCCCUACGGCGUGAGCGGGGUCUUACA